UUGACUUUGAAUCAGCGGUUUUGAUGACAUAUUCUAUUUGUGCUGUAUAUAUAAUGUUUGAAUCGCUAUAAUCUAAGUAAAUCUAGCUAAGAACCCAGCUAGCAGGUGUUAUCUGGCGUUGUCAGUCAUUUUAGUGGAUUGUUUGUCCAUGCACGUGAAUAUCGUGUUAGCAAAGUGAACUUAGCUGCCAGUAGCUCACUUCAGUGUAGUGGUACUCUGGAGGAAAGUCACAUGAAAUCUCUGAUUUGGGCUGUCUGUGAGAUGAAACCGUCUGAACCUGAGGUUAGCAUGUCACACUGAACUAACCUCACUGUCUUGUGAGGUCCCUGAAGGAGCACCUAAAAUCCACUACCUCAGGCCUGCAGUUUUGUUGGUGUGAUCUCAUCUGGCUGUCUGUUGCUUUGACAUUGAGGUGCUCCAGUAGGGACACUGUGUUGGCACAAUGGAGACCCCAGUGCAAACUUAAUCUGAGCCCAGAUCUGUGGAGAUGUUUCGGCUCCGGUGUGUGCAUUCCUCCCUUCGGAGGUUCUUCCACGGGGGAGCAGUGACCCGAGACCAGGUUCUGGAGCAGCUGCGGGUUUGCUCUGCUGAAGACCAGGUGUUUGAUGUGGUGGGCAAGAACAGGGCCAAGCUCACGGUGAACCAUGUCAGCAGAGCUGUGGAGAUGCUGUGGCAGUUUCAGAGAGAGAAGCCCCAAAUGCUCAGGACUGUGGAGCUCAUCAAGAGCCACCCACAGUUCUUGACCCUCCGGGUUUUGGCAGAGAACAAAAUUGCUCUUAUGGAUGAUUUGAUGUUGGUCGACAUGCUUUACACUUUCCUCAGGUUGAACGUGGACCCACAUGACUCUCUUGUUCAGCAGUUGGUUUCAGAAGCAUGGCUCAGAAUAGACCGAUUUCCGUUGGCUUCCCUGUCCAAGUUUUCCAUCUGCCUAAGUGAUCAGCACCUUCACCACAGUCCUCUAAUGGGCCACAUCACCAGUAUUGUGGAUCAGAGGUUGUCGUCCAUCGAUGAUGCCAGGAUCCUAACUACACUGAUGAUCAGCAUAUCAUCUCUGGUGUCUCCCCGGCUUCGGGAUGCGCUUAUCAGCAGGGCAGAUCAACUCCUGGACAACAUGGAUCCCUCAAAUUACAACAACCCACGGAGAUUGGUACAGUUCCUGCGCAACAUCAAGUACAGUUACCGACCUCUGCUGGAGAAGUGCAACAAGAUCAUCCUGAGCAACAUUCCCAGGCUGGACGCAGAAAACAUCAGCAUCAUUUUGGGUCUGUAUCAGUCCCUGCAGUUCAACAACUGUGACUUCAGGCUGGCUGUCAAACAGAGACUGACAGAGCUGAUUGAUUCAAGCACGGAUUCCUUCUCCUUCACCAAACUGUUUGUCGCACUGGCUCCGAUGGCCAGUCAGGAGAUCAGAGAAGGGUUGGAGAACACUGCCCUCCUGUUGGCGGACGAGCUCACUGCACAUCAGGCUCUGGCUGUAGCUGAAGCUCUGGAGGAGAUUAAGAGCAGGAAUCUUAGCUUACUGAACAAAAUUGCAGUGGUGAUAAAAAGGAACCUUCAUGUCUACAAGCCGGUGGAGGUGGCCAGAAUCAGCCAAGCCCUUUUCCUGCUGCAGUACCAGAACCCUGAACUCUUCAAUAUACUAAAAAACAUUUUGACCAACUUUUUGCAGCGCAGCGUCUUCCCCUACGAAGUGACCAUGCUGACCCGUGUUCUCUCCAUGCUGCCCAACCUGCGGCUUGACGGAGGCAUGCUCUCACGGGUGGAGGCGGUGGUGGCUCAGUGCAGCCUCAGUGACCUCAACACUAUUUCUUUCGCCGUCGCCAAGUGGAUACGUAACGAUCCCUCCUACCGCUACAACACUCCUAGCAAGUACGUGCGUCUGCUGCAGAACCUGAAGCACUGCGGGCGCGAGCGGCUGCAAACGGCCGACCAGCUGGACUUGGUGCUGGAGGAGCUCAGGCACAUUUCAGGAGAGUGGUUUGAGGAAAUGUUGCUGGAGGAGUCGAUGGCCACGCUCAAGAGGAUGAUGGACCAAAUAAACUGGAGCAAUGUGCCUGAGUUGGCGCUCUUCUUAACCAGGAUAAAUCACCUCUGCCCUCCGCUGAUGGAACGGAUCACCAGUGUGGUCAUUAAAGACAUUGACAAGAUUCACCACUCAGCAACAUAUGCCACCCUGCUACCCUUUACUGUCCUGAAUUAUGACCCUGUUCAAGCAGACGAGUUGUAUGAUGUUUGUAUUCAGCGCUUCACUCCUCACAUCAGCUCCUUUGACCCACAUCUGCUGGUUCUCCUGGCGUACACUUUGGCUGUGGCCGACUGUUUUCCUGAGGAGCUAGCCAGAGAAAUCUUCAGUAUAGAUUUUCUGGGAAAGCUGGAUGCCCAACUGGAAACUCUACCUGAUACCCUCAACAUGCGGACCAGAUUGCGCCUCAUGGAGCUCAACCGUGCCGUGUGUCUCGAGUGUCCCGAGUUCCAGGUGCCGUGGUUUCAUGAGCGCUACUGCCAGCAGUUGCAAAAGAAAGGGAACAGCUCUUUGAGUCCUGUGCAGCAGCAAAUCCACAAAAUGCUGAGUGAAGUUCUCGGGGGCAUUAACUGUGUUCGAGGAGAAGUUGUCACUCCAUAUUUUUACACCAUAGACUUUGAAUGCAUACUGGACAAACACCUGCAGCCGUUGCCGUACAGCGAGCCCAGCACGCUGCAGAUCUCAGACAGAGGAAAGGUUCACUGGGGGGCGGGCUCAGUGGAAAACAUCAGGAAUGAGUUGCCACCUGGAGCUCAGCGGGUUGCUGUGGACUUCCUUGAUUCAAGGUCCUUCUGCAAGAACUCUCACCACAUGAAAGGUGAAGCCCUGAUGAAGAAAAGACACCUGGAAAUUCUAGGAUACCGUGUGGUGCAGAUCCCUCACUUUGAAUGGAACUCUAUGGAGCUUUCAACACCGGACGCCUGGAAGGAAUAUCUGAAGAAGAACAUAUUUAGAGAGCUUUCUUCUUGAAGGCCUUAUUUAUUGAACAGUGAAGUAAUGUUACACUCAGUGCUCUGACACAGCUGUGAGAUAAGUCUGAGUAUUUCAGGCUGAACGACUGAACAGAGUUAAGAAAACAGUUUAACAUACAUCAAGUGCUCUUUAUUUUUAGUCAUUGAGCGUUAAGUUGACAUGAAUCUGCCUCAUUCAUGUUAAGAGAGACUAUAUAUUAUGGCUUUUUGUAUUAAAAUGAGUAUUUUAAAUAAAAUACAAAGCU